AUGAAUAGCAACGGUCGCAAGGACGUCAAUAACAGCAUCUUCUUGCCAGACGAGCAAGGCCAGCUUUGUACUCUCUGCGACGAAUUUGGAGGUGGUGGAGGUGAUGGCACUCCCGGCUGCCCGGACGUUCCCACAAGCACCGCCGCACCGCCAACCUUUAGCCCACGGUGUGCAUGGGCGCAGACAGGCUACGAGGAAAGUGGUGGCAAUGACGCUGGUAGCACCUUCUUGGCACUCCAGGAGUGCCAGAUUGAUGACGGCUCCGAAGCAACCCGACGUUACAUCCGUGACCGUAACACUUCUUACAUGGCCCCGGACGACUUCCAGGACGUGUGCCUCAUGUUCUACGAUCUGAGAAGUGGUUCAGCCAAUUGCAGAACGGUGUGCGAGACGUUGGGCUCGACAUGCAACCGGGUAUUGGGCGCAAUCGGUGCUGACGGCACUGACAAAUGCGGGACCGCUUUCGAGGACAAUUCAAACAGCGGCAAUUGCGGAUACGAUGGUGAGAGUGCCGUGCAGACUUUCAACGAUGCAAUCUGCGCUUGCAACAUUCCACCUGGCGGACUGAACAACAACCCCGCGCCCGGCGAGAAUCUCGACGAUAUCGACCCACAGACUCAGACCGACGCAACUGACGCCUGCGCAGACGGAUGGUUGGAUGGCGUGACGCUGCCGGCUACCAUCCCGUUGGACUUGAGCGAGUUGACGGAGGAACAGUUCGCACUCUGGUCCUGCAUCAUCGACUGGAGCUUGGCCGACCCGCAGGACCGGCCUGAAAUCGUGGAGCUGACGCAAGAACAAAACCCCAACUUGCCAAUCACCCCGUGUGCGUCUUCGGAUGGCACUCUGCCUGAAGCGGGUGCGCAGCCCUGUCGGUGCGGGACGGCGUCGUGCAGCCAAGGCCAGUUCUGCGACGCAGAUAACGACACAUGCCUCGUAAGCUGUGCCAGCUCAACCGUUUGUGAUGGGACGGUGGCGGCCCCGAGCCAGGAUCAAAUUCCUUGUCUCGCAGAUGGCUGCGCCGCAGCACAGUGUUGCCUUCCGAGCUGCGGCGCUGGAUCUCCGGCAACUGAAGCGUGCGCAUGCGGCACGAACACAUGCACUUCAGGCGAGACCUGCGAAUCCGGAUCCUGUGUUGCGCCAUCAGCGCCUCCUGCUGACUGCACUGAGUCUCAGCCUGUAGCUGGAGACUGUACGUGCGGCGGGACGACAUGCAUCGCAGGCCAGUUCUGUGAAUCCGGCAGCAGCACCUGCUUCGACUCGUGUGCCACCGCAUCCACAUCCAUUUGCAAUGGCACGGGACCGCUACCGAAUGCCAACUCCAUUCCGUGUGGUGCAGGUGGCUGCACUGCCGGCACCUGUUGCUCGUCCGGGUCCACAGAUGUCACUUGCUCGAGCUAUGACUGCACGGGGCUUCGUUGGCGUGCCGAUCCAGAAAAGGCCAGUGUCACUUGCAAGCCUUCGGGCUGCGAUCACUAUACAUGCUGCAAAUUCCUGCGUCUCCGGAGGAGGCGCAGGAAGGGCCAGUACUAUAACGACAAUGGCGACGGCUACUAUGCUGGGUCCCCGGAGUUGAUUGCGACCGAGGAGUCUGAGGACAGCGCCUUCAUGCAACAGGAGGCCUCCUGCGAGAACGACGACGAGUGCGAGGAGGAG